CUGUUAGACAGACGUGUGGUGGGAUAUCAUUGGGUAUUGACGUUAUUUUUGACUUUUAGGUUAUGCAACAUCACGCGUCCAAAUGUUUCCGCGAUAACAGUUUCUUUCAUUAGGAAUGAACUCUGCCUCUUGCUGUGAACAGUUGUGAAACCAUAUCGUGCAUGAACUAUUGUGUGUCACUUUGUGAAAGCCCUUUUAACACGUAAUACGAAGAGCGUACCGGCAUACGUGUCUGACACCGUAUCUGCGAUGGCAGGAUGCAGUGUGUUCCAGAAGCAGCUCAAAUCUAUGAAAAUCGGCGAAAAAGAAUAUAAGUACUAUGAUUUACCAAGCCUGUCUCCCAGUUAUGAUAAACUCCCAUUCUCAGUCAGAGUCUUGCUCGAGUCUGCAGUAAGAAAUUGUGACAACUUUCAAGUGAAAGAAAAAGAUGUGGAAACCAUUCUGGCAUGGCAAGACAAUCAGUCCAUGGAAGGUGGCGUUGAAAUUGCUUUCAAACCUGCCAGAGUAAUACUCCAGGAUUUGACUGGAGUACCAGCAGUUGUUGAUUUUGCUGCAAUGCGAGAUGCUGUUAAAAAGCUGGGUAGUGAUCCACAAAAAAUAAAUCCUAUUUGUCCAUCAGAUCUAGUAAUAGAUCACUCAGUGCAGGUGGACUUCUUCAGGAUGGAUGAUGCCCUUCAGAAGAACCAAGAGAUGGAAUUUGAGCGAAAUAAAGAGAGGUUUAUGUUUCUUAAGUGGGGAGCAAAGGCAUUUCGUAACAUGUUAAUAGUGCCUCCGGGUUCAGGAAUUGUGCAUCAAGUGAAUCUGGAAUAUUUGGCAAGAGUUGUGUUCAGUGACUCAGAAGUACUAUACCCUGACUCAGUUGUAGGCACUGAUUCUCAUACUACAAUGAUAAAUGGAAUGGGUGUUGUUGGAUGGGGUGUUGGAGGUAUUGAAGCUGAAGCAGUCAUGCUGGGUCAAGCAAUAACUAUGUUGUUGCCCCAAGUGGUGGGUUACAAAAUAGAAGGAAAGUUAAAUCAGUAUGCAACAUCAACAGAUUUGGUGUUGACUAUAACAAAGCACCUGAGGCAAAUAGGAGUAGUCGGAAAGUUUGUAGAAUUUUUUGGACCUGGUGUUAGUGAAUUAUCUGUUGCUGACCGUGCAACUAUCAGCAAUAUGUGUCCAGAAUAUGGUGCCACUGUAGGAUUUUUUCCUGUCGACAACAUGAGCUUAGCCUACUUACAGCAAACAAAUCGCUCAGAGGAAAAAGUUAAAAUUAUUGAAGAGUAUUUGAAGCGUGUGAAAAUGUUUCGUAAUUACUCUGACCCAUCCCAAGAUCCUGUUUUCUCGGAGGUUGUGACUUUGGAUUUGGGUACUGUAGUGUCUUCAGUUAGUGGACCAAAAAGGCCACAUGACAGAGUGUCAGUGAGUGAUAUGCCAUCAGACUUCCGCCAGUGUCUUACAAACAAGAUUGGGUUUAAAGGAUUUGGACUACCAAGUGACAAGCUGAAUGUGUCGGUGCCCAUUAUCUAUGAGGGCCAAGAAUAUGUUCUUCGCCAUGGUUCAGUCGUCAUUGCUGCUAUUACAUCUUGCACUAAUACAAGCAAUCCGAGUGUCAUGCUUGGUGCAGGACUGCUAGCAAAGAAGGCUGUAGAAGCUGGGUUAACUGUCGCUCCAUAUAUUAAGACAAGCCUGUCACCUGGUUCUGGAGUAGUUACUUAUUAUUUAGAAGAGAGUGGUGUUAUCCCCUAUUUGCAGAAACUUGGUUUCUCAGUAGUUGGCUAUGGCUGCAUGACAUGCAUAGGUAACAGUGGACCAUUGCCUGAACCAGUGGUUGAAGCUAUUGAGACGGGUGAUCUUGUGUGCUGUGGAGUCUUAUCUGGAAAUCGUAAUUUCGAAGGUCGGAUCCAUCCACAUACUCGUGCCAAUUAUCUUGCAUCUCCUUUGUUAGUGAUAGCUUAUGCAAUUGCAGGAAGAAUUGAUAUAAACUUUGAGAAGGAGCCACUUGGAACAAAUGCUGAUGGGGAACCAGUGUAUUUAAAUGACAUAUGGCCACUGAGAAAAGAGAUACAAGCAGUUGAACAAAAAUUUGUUAUUCCUGCUAUGUUCCGAGAAGUUUACGAAAAAAUCGAAAAGGGGAGUCCAAAUUGGGUGUCUCUUGUUGCACCAGAAGGAAUUUUGUAUCCAUGGGAUAGUAACUCAACCUACAUUAAGCACCCUCCAUUUUUUGAAAGCAUGACUAAGGAACUCCCAGAAAUUAAGUCAAUUGUAAAAGCAAGAGUGUUGCUCAAUUUAGGAGAUUCUGUGACUACAGAUCAUAUUUCACCAGCUGGUAGCAUAGCUAGAAACAGUCCAGCAGCAAGAUACUUAGCUUCACGAGGGCUAACUCCACGUGAAUUCAACUCAUAUGGUUCAAGAAGAGGUAAUGAUGCAGUCAUGGUCCGUGGUACUUUUGCAAACAUUAGGUUGGUGAAUAAAUUCAUGUCAAAAUCUGGACCAAAAACUGUUCAUGUACCAUCAGGAGAAGAACUUGAUAUAUUUGAUGCAGCAGAAAGGUACAAACAGGAAGGAACACCUCUCAUAGCUCUUGUUGGUAAAGAUUAUGGGUCAGGAUCUUCAAGAGACUGGGCAGCUAAAGGACCUUACCUUUUGGGCUUGAAGGCUGUUAUUGCAGAAUCAUAUGAACGGAUACAUCGCUCCAACUUGGUUGGAAUGGGACUUUUGCCCUUGCAGUACUUACCUGGACAAAAUGCAGAGACUCUUGGCCUCACAGGAAAAGAGCUGUUCAGCAUUCAUAUCCCUGCAGACCUGAAGCCACUGCAACAGCUGACAGUUGAGGUUGAUGGUAGCCGCAGUUUCCAGGUUAUAACAAGAUUUGAUACUGAGGUAGAUCUCACAUACUUCAGACAUGGUGGCAUUCUAAAUUAUAUGAUACGGAAGAUGGUAAAUUGAGUGACUCACUGUGAAAGUUACACUCGAAUAUAAGGUCUAUAUUUGCAUCAAAAUGGUACUUCAUUACUGAAUUGAGGAAUAUUUUGUUUUCAUUGUUUACAAUAAAAUUGGUAUAAAGGGUUUAUUAAUUGGGACUGAAUCGUAUGUACUCUGGAAUAAGUGAUUAUGUGAGUAACAAUUCUCAGAGUUAAAACAGGAGAACAAAGGUUCAUUUAUUGCAUUAGUUGUGGGCCAGUUUUGCAUUAAAUGAUGAUUUUAUACCUUUUUAUUUUUGUAUUUGAGAAAUACAUAUUUUAAGACUGAUUUUAUUGACGUAGACAAUAAUACCUACUUCAUUCUCAGGAUUUUGUUAUAACUGAUGUGUAUCAUUAAAACAAAACCUGUAUGUGUAUGAAAAAAUGUUUGUAUUGAAAGAAAUAAGCUGAAAGAAGGUGCCCUGCCUCAUAUGAAUCAUUUACAACAUAGUUUUAAGAAAAUGUAUAUUUGUUACAAAAAAAUAAAAUUGUUAUCACUA